CGCAAAGCAGUGUGCAAACUGAGGCCUUUUCCUCAUAUAACAAAUAACGACAUUGACAAUUUUUUUUAUUCCAUCUCUUGCGCUGCAUCGCAUAUUUAAUUUCAUUUCGUUAAACCGUCAAGCAAUACGACGAGUACCCACUGCUUGUCAAAUCUUUUUAAUGACUUCCGCAGGGCUGACAAACGUUACCGACGUCUCGGUCCUAGACGGCGUCAUCUCCUGGAAAGACAGCAGUAGCAAAAACAACAACACAAACCAAGUCAAAUCCCAAAAUGUGAUUUUCGUUCUUGAUCGAUCGCAGGCGUCUUCCGGCGAUAAAGCGGGCUACAUAAUUUCCGCCCUGGUAGAAGACUCAGAAAAGAGUCCCGAAGAGCGCUUUCAACUACUGCUCCUGGCGACUGAUUCAGUUCCCGAUGAGCUACUUCAGAAAUUUCGCAUCGGCGGUUUGCCAGUCUAUCUGAAGCCUGUGGAGGGAAAACAGGAUGUUGACGUUAUUGUGUCUACGAAAUCAGGCGUUGGCCUGUCCCAGCAGUUCUGGCAGACUGUGCUACAACCUCUCUGGAGCUCAGUCGACGAGCUAUCAUCAGAGGUCAACGUCCUCAUCACGCAAGACGAGCACAGCGUUCGCAACUUUGCUCAGUCUCUUGGUUCUUCAACCUCAAAGUCACGGACAGUCGUCCUGCUAAGUGGCGACGGCGGCGUCGUCGAUCUCAUAAACGGCGGCUCGCACGAUGCGCCGCAUCAGCAGCUACUCUUGGCUGUUCUCCCGCUAGGCACGGGAAACGCCCUCUUCAGCUCGCUACAUAAACCCCUCUGGAUCGCCGAAGAUGGUAAAAUCGAAGACAUCUCCUCCCUAGUUCUCGGUCUAAGAACGCUGUUCAACGGCGUAUCUGCCAAUCUGCCUCUCUUCCACGCAUCCUUUCCCCCUGGAUCACGCAUUGUGAAAUUCAAACCUGCCACAAAGGAGCAAGAAACUUCCUCAGAUGACAGCGCAGCAACAGCACUUCAUCUUGCAAAGGAAGAGAUUCAAGUCUCGCACCUCUACGGCGCCGUGGUGGCCAGCUACGGCUUCCACUCCAGCCUCAUCUACGAGAGCGACACGCCUGAAUAUCGCGUCCACGGCGAUAAGCGCUUCGGCAUGGUCGCGCAGGAACUUCUCCGCGAAUCUCACGCUUACAACGCCCAAGUAGACAUUCGUCAUCCGUCAUCAUCAGAGUGGGAGACUAUCCCGGGAAAUGAGCACACCUACGUGCUCAUCACGCCGCUCUCCAAUAUGGAGCGCACAUUCACAAUCUCGCCUGCAAGCAAGCCCUUGGACGGAAAACUUCGUCUAGUGCAGUUCGGCAAUAUCGGCGGUGAGCGGACGAUGGACGCCAUGAUGAAGGCGUAUGACGGGGGGAAACAUGUUGGGCUGAAGUGGGAUGAUGGACACGAGGUGCGAUAUGAGGAGGUGGAUGAGUUGAGAGUUACGAUAUUAGAAGAGGAUGAGCGGUGGCACAAGGUGUGUAUCGAUGGAACGAUUGUGGAUAUUCCCAAGGGAGGGCAAUUGUCUGUGAGAAAGGAGGAGGAGAGUGGGUUCCAAAUUCUGGUUGACACGCGGGUGUUGCCAAAGACUUCAUGAUUGCAAGAAAAGGUUUGACUUGAGCUUGGUCACCAUAUCUAUUUUCACAUAUAGCCUUUGGUUUAUAAAAAGUCUAGCUGAAGCUAUAGUUGACAAUGAAGAAGAGACUCUCCAUCAUAUAGCCUCGAGCAACUUCUUCACCCUCUUCUCCAUAACCCGCUCAAACUCCUCGACGCCAUUUUUCAGCUCCGUGAUUCCCCCUCCUUUAAUCCGAUAGACUAUCCUCCUCCGCAUAGUCUCUUCCUCUUCCUCGUCGCCAUCUUCAUCCUCAUCGUCUCCCUGGUCCUCAAUCUGACCCUCAAUGGCUCCGCGCAUAAACCAUCUAUCGUGGCUCACCAGCACAACAGCGCCCUCCCACUCGUUCAACGCUUCCCGGAGC